AUGGCGGCAAUAACGCCUAGCAGAAUAACCCGGACGGCAACAAUAACGAAGGACGACCAGCAGAAUGACCCGGACUAUGACCUGAAAAACGACAACGACGACGACGAAGACGAAGACAAAGAUGACAAAUUACCACUAUCUCAGGAAGAUGUCAAUAACUUUAUGGCUACAUUGUUAUUGAGAAGAAAUAAACAAUUUCUCGGCCAUCGUCUACAUCCUACAGCUAUAGAAAUAAGAAACAUCAACUGUUCAACAACUAUUAGGCCGGCGCGCCUUGACAAUGAAUCAAGUGUCGCGCAUUUGAGAGACAUGUCCAUAGCUGUUCUGCGAGAACUCAGAGGUUUUUCCCUUGACAACGAAGACAUCAACCCGGACAACAACAAUAAUGCCCAGCAGAACAACCCAAACGACAACCAGCAGAAUAACCCGGACUAUGACCUGAAAGACGACAACGAAGACAAGGAAGACGAAGACAAAGAUGACAAGGCAUUGCCAACGAAUCAGGUGCAGCGCAUGUUGGGAGACAUGUCCAUAGCUGUUUUACGAGAACUCAAAGAUUUUUCCCUUGACAAUGACAACAUCAACCCGUUAGGGGUUUUUAUCAGCGCUUUGACAACGAAUCAGGUGCCGCGCAUGUUGAGAGACAUGUCCAUAGCUAUUCUGCGAGAACUUAGAGGUUUUUCCCUUGACAACGACAACAUCAGCCCGAACGGCGCCAAUAACGCCCAGCAGAACAACUCGGACGGCAUUAAAAAUGAAGGACGACCAGCAAAAUGA